GCUCACGGCGCAUGCGCACGCGGGCUGGGGCUGUGUUCAGGGCCAGCGCGGAACCCGAGCAGCCGCGGUAAAGCGCCUGGGCUCAGCCGAGACCGCCGUGCCUGUUCCUCGCCUUGGCCGCCGCCGCUUCAGUCGCCGCCGUCGGGGAAGCGGCCGCCUGUUGUCCUUCUCCGCGGCGAAGGUGCGGAGCUGCUUCGGCUCGGCCCGUGGGAGAGUCCCGGGCGCCGCACGUGUCCUGGGUCAUGAAACUUAAUCCACAACAAGCUCCAUUAUAUGGUGAUUGUGUUGUUACAGUAUUGCUCACUGAAGAGGACAAAGUUGAAGAUGAUGUAGUUUUUUACUUGGUAUUUUCGGGUUCUACCCUCCAUCACUGUACAAGCACUCGGAAGGUCAGUUCUGAUACCUUGGAGACCAUUGCUCCUGGUCAUGAUUGCUGUGAGACAGUGAAGGUGCUGCUCUGUGCUUCCAGAAAGGGGCUUCCUGUGUUUGUGGUGGCCGAAGAAAACUUUCAUUUCAUCCAGGACGAGGCGUAUGAUGCAGCCCAAUUCCUGGCAACCAGUGCUGGAAAUCAGCAGGCUCUGAACUUCACCCGUUUUCUCGACCGGUCAGGACCCCCGUCCAGGGAUGUGAAUUCUCUUGAUGAGAAGGUAGCAUUGGCAUUCCGACACCUGAAGUUACCAGCAGAGUGGAACGUGUUGGGGACAGAUCAAACUUUGCAUGAUGGUGGCCCACGGGAGACAUUGAUGCAUUUUGCAGUGCGACUGGGACUGCUGAGAUUGACGUGGUUCCUGCUGCAGAAGCCAGGUGGCCGUGGAGCUCUCAGUAUUCACAAUGAGGAAGGGGCAACACCUGUGAGCUUGGCCUUGGAGCGUGGCUAUCACAAGCUGCACCAGCUUCUCACCGAGGAGAAUGCUGGAGAACCAGAUUCCUGGAGCAGUUUGUCCUACGAAAUACCCUAUGGAGACUGUUCUGUGAGGCAUCAUCGAGAGUUGGACAUCUAUGUAUUAACCUCUGAGUCCGAAUCACAUCAUGAACCCCCAUCUCCUGGAGACAGUUGCACUGGACAUAUUUGUAAACUUAUGAACAUCCAACAGCAGCUAAUGAAAACAAGCCUUAAGCCAAUGGACAACCUUCUGCCCUUAAUGGUUACAGCACAGGAUACUUCAAGUCUUCCCAGCACCUCAGAUAUAGAUGGCCACCUUCUUCUAUGUGCACCCGGGCAGCUGAUGGACAGCCAGCAGUGUUGUUCUCCUAAAGAUACAGAUUGCACUGCAAGUUGUCAAGGGAUCCCUGCUGGGCAGCUCGAAAGGCCCUAUGAUUUGUCAAGCGUUGUCAAGGAAAAGAAUACAGAUUGUUCCUGUAGGGAGAAAAAUAAAGGCGUGGAGAGAAAAGGGGAAGAGGUGGAGCCAGCACCUAUUGUGGACUCUGGAACUGUGUCUGAUCAAGACAGCUGCCUUCAGAGCAUGCCUAACUGUGGAGAAAAGGGCAUGGAGGGCCUUCCAUCCUGUGGAAACAGAAAUGAAGAAACUGGAACAGAAUCUCAUGGAAUGGCUACAGACCAAGGGUCUCCAGGCAGUGGAGACAGUGUCCUGCAGGAAGACAUGGUCAUGGAGCCAGAUGCAGUCCAGCAUUUCUCUGGAGGUGAACUGGCAGUCAGUUCACCAACAGAUGUCAGUGUCCCAGAUACUGCAGGGGAAAUGGAAUAUGGUUCCACGAACCCAGAUGCCACCAUCCAGAAGAAUGUGCUUGAAGUAGGGGAAAGUACAGAGGAAAGAUUUGAGAACUCUACUAUCAGCACAGCUGGAGCCUCUGAUGUAAAAAUCACAAGUAAGCCUGUAGAUAAAGCCACUGUUCUAAACUGUGUCUCUGCUACCAGUUCCCUGGAUGGUAAUAAAACUGCUGAGACCUUACUCUCAUUUAGUAAUGGAGAAACCUCCACUGAAAAAACUGCAGAAACUGAAACUUCAAGUAGAAGUUGUAAAGAGAGUGCUGAUGCUUCAGUGGAUCAGAACCCUCUGGUAAUUCCAGCUGCUGCAAAAGACAAGAUAACAAAUGAAUCAGAACCUGGCACCCUCUUAGCAAGUAUGUGUGAGGUAAUGCCACUCUCUGACUUAACCCCUUCCAGACCAGAAAAAGAUUUAAUACCAAACCAGAAAUCAAAAACAAAUUCAUCUCAUGUUGAAAGUCAAAACAGCAAGCCACCCUUCUAUUCUCCAACUGGAGAUGAUAAAUUUUGCGCUGACUCUGCAUGUCAGCAGAACACAGUGACUUCAGUUAGUGAGUUGUUCGCAAAACACUAUGAUGACAAAGUUACCCUGCCUGAAAGCACCACACUGGGGCAACCCAACACACAAGAUCCAUCCACUGCCAUCCACUGUGAAGACCUACAGGUUAAUGAAAUUAUCUGUUCCUCUGUAAGAGAGAUCCAGGAGCCUGUGGAUGUUUGUCCUCUUGAAGUUUCAGAUAAAGAGAGCCAAGGAGAAGAUUUGAACCUAGAUACACCUUUAACAAAUAUGCUUGAGGUGGUUUCAUAUCAGUAUCCAGUUGUCCCCAAAGGCGAGAAAGAACUGGUGCCAGAUCCAGUAGUGGCUUCAGACAGUACUUUCUCUCUGGCAAGCAGGCCAGGCAGUGAAUCAGUAACCAAAGAUGACGCACUUUUUCUUGUCCCCUCCCAGACAGAAAAGGGAACAGCAACCCCUGAACUACAUAAGGCUACAGAUUGCCGAGACGACACAUGCAGAGAUUGGAAGGAUCCUAAUAAGAAGCCUCUACAAGACAAUACAGCGGGCCCAUCCACGUCCUUUCCUACUACAGAUCUUCAGGCCAGCAUGGGGAAUACCAGCCCCCUCGGACUUGGUGGGGAGCAUGAGGGUCCCUGCCCCUCAGCAGUACCGGAAGUUCUGAAUAUUGAGGGAUUGGGCACUGACUCUUCCCUACUAAAUAUGGAUAAGACCGCUUUGGACUUGAAUUCAGUUUUAACUGGAGAAGAAAAAAAUCUGGUGGUUCCAGAAAGCUCUGCAGCUCAGGGACGAAAUGACAAGGAUAAGGCAGUGACUUGUUCCUCCAUCAAGGAAGAUACUCUUUCUUCAGGAACAUUGCAGGAAGAGCAGAGAACACCACCUCCUAGACAGGAGACACCAGGAUUCCAUGAAGAGCUUCGUUCAGCUGCCUGUGCUCCCUGUGACGCACUUCAACACAAUAAUUUACAGGGCACACCCUCUGCAGAAAGUAAACAUAACAAGGAAGUGGCCCCGCAAGUCUUACUGCUGGCUGAAGGUGGGGCUGCACAGAGCCUGGUGCCACCAGGAGUAAGUCUGGCUGCAGACUCAUGGCAGGAAGCUAUGGGCCCAGAGCAAAGCAGUCCACCUCUGUUGCCAGGUCUGGUGCCAGAUGGGUCUGAGACUGUUAAUUGCCCUCAGUCUCUUGCUCUGAAUGCUGGAGUGAAGGACACUCAGUCCCAAGGGGAAACCACUGCUAGUGAGGUGAGUGGAAGUGUGACUUCGGAUAUUGCAGUGGUUAAUAGUCUGCAAGGUUCUGGUGGGGCUAGAAGAAAGGAUAUAUCACACGACUCCCAAGACAUCCCGGAUCCAAAAGUUUUGUUGAGCCGGGAGAAGAAUAUGAUACUGGAUUUGCUAGGAGCUUCACAGGACACAGGUGUGAGUGACCCACAGGGAACUACAAUCCCAGAGAUGCUGCCUCCUGAUGGGGAGAAAGGGGAGCUGGAGAGAACAGACCACAGCUGUGCCAUGGGUGACUCCAAGGAGGCAGAAAUGGGUGAUGAAGCGCACCAUGUCCUACUGCAGCCUAUUGCCAAGGAGCCUCCCACAGAGACGGGGCUCUCUACCAGUGACGGCAAGGCCCCUUCUGGCAUGAAGGACCUUGGACAAGCCUCAGCUCCAAGCAGGGAAAGAAACGUUCCCUCUCUGUCUUGCACUGUGUCUGCUGAAGCUGUGGAUCUGCCUGAGAGGGCAGACUUGAUAGAGGAGGCCGCAAGUCGCAUAGUGGAUGCUGUCAUAGAAGGAGUCAAGGCCUCAGGAGCACUGAUUACCAAGGGGGGAAUUGCUUGCACCUCACUGUCGAGUCCUGAGUCAGGCCCCCUGACUGAACAGACAGAGCAUCCCUCUACAGAAAAAGUGAAGGCUUUCCUGCCCAAGGAGACCCUACCAAUGGGCAGUGUUCAUGGAGGAACCACUGGGAAUUUUGCAGGAUGUUUUGUUGGAAGGGAGGAGCCAGAGAAAAUCACCCUGCCUGUCCAAGGACCUGAACUGGUAACAGAAAUGCCAGACAGAAAAGCUGAUGAUGAAGUGGACUUGCUGAGUAAUUCCAGAGAGAGUUCAGUUUCUGAAGAGGUGGCUGUAGGGCAUAUAGCUACGCCUGAGAUGAAACAAGGCCUGAAGACCCAGGUGAUAAACCAAGAAAGCUGGUGUACAAUAGAGCCGUGCCCUGAUGCAGCGUCUCUUUUGGCUCCCAAGCAGAGCCCAGAGUGUGAGAACUUCCUAGAUGUUGGUCUGGGCAGAGAGUGUGCCUCAUCACAAGGUGCACUGAAAAGAGAAUCUGGGAGUGAAUGUGACCUCUUUCAUUCACCCAGUGAUGAAAUGGACAGCAUAAUCUUCUCAAAGCCUGAGGAGGAGCAGUUGGUCUGUGAUAUCACCGGAUCCAGUUCUUCCACCGAAGAUACAGCUUCCCUGGAUCGGCAUUCUUCUCAUGGCAGUGAUGUGUCCCUCCCCCCAAUUUCAAAUUUGAAUAGGGGCAAAGACCAGCAAAGCCUUGAUGGCUUCUACAGCCACGGGGUGGGAGCGGAGGGUCGAGAGAGUGAGAGUGAACCUGCUGGCUCAGGUGAAAUGGAAGAGGAGGAGAUGGACAGCAUCACUGAAGUGCCUGCAAACUGCUCUGUCCUGAGGAGCUCCAUGCGCUCGCUGUCCCCUUUCCGAAGGCACAGCUGGGGUCCUGGGAAGAAUGCAGCCAGUGAUGCAGAAAUGAACCACCGGAGUUCAAUGCGAAUUCUUGGGGAUGUUAUCGGGAGACCUCCCAUUCAUAGGAGAAGUAUGAGCUGGUGUCCCUCUGGUGUGCAAUACUCUGCUGCCCUGAGUGCUGACUUUAAUUGCAGAAGUUUCAGUCUAGAAGGCUUGACAGGAGAAACUGGUAUUGGAAGCAAGCCUUCCUCAUCUCUAGAAGCAAACUCUGCAAACACCAAAGAGCUCAGACACCCUUUCAUUGGUGAAGAACGGGGUGACUCUUUGGUGUCACUUUCAGAAGAGGAUCUGGAGUCGGGCCAAAGAGCACAUAGGAUGUUUGACCAGCAGACAUGUCACAGGUCUAAGCAACAGGGAUUUAAUUAUUGUACAUCAGCCAUUUCUUCUCCAUUGACAAAAUCCAUCUCACUGAUGACAAUCAGCCACCCUGGACUGGACAAUACACGGCCCUUCCACACCACCAGUGCUAACCUGACCGAGAGUAUAACAGAAGAGAGCUAUAAUUUCCUGCCUCAGAGCCCCUCCAAGAAAGAUUUUGAAGGGAAGAGUGGAACAAAAGUCAGUCGUACUUUCAGCUACAUCAAGAAUAAAAUGUCCAGCAGUAAGAAGAGCAAAGAAAAGGAAAAAGAGAAAGACAAAAUUAAGGAGAAGGAGAAAGACUCUAAGGAAAAGGAGAAAGACAAGAAGACUCUCAAUGGACAUACUUUUGGUUCCAUUCCUGUUGUGGGUCCAAUCAGCUGUAGCCAGUGUAUGAAGCCCUUCACCAACAAAGAUGCCUACACUUGUGCAAAUUGUGGAGCUUUUGUCCACAAAGGCUGUAGAGAAAGUCUGGCCUCCUGUGCAAAAGUCAAAAUGAAGCAACCCAAAGGGAACCUUCAGGCACAUGACACAUCAUCACUACCCACAGUCAUUAUGAGAAAUAAGUCCUCACAGCCCAAGGAGCGCCCUCGGUCAGCAGUCCUACUGGCGGAAGAAACUACUGCAAUCCCAAUGUUUGCUAAUAGACGGUCCCAGCAGAGUGUCUCACUUUCCAAAAGUGUCUCUAUACAGAACAUUGCUGGAGUUGGCAAUGAUGAGAAUAUGUCAAACACCUGGAAAUUCCUAUCUCACUCAACAGAUUCACUAAAUAAAAUCAGCAAGGUCAAUGAAUCAACAGAAUCACUUACUGAUGAGGGAGUAGGUACAGACAUGAAUGAAGGACAACUAAUGGGAGACUUUGAGAUUGAUUCCAAACAACUAGAAGCAGAGUCCUGGAGCCGGAUAGUGGACAGCAAGUUUCUUAAACAACAAAAGAAAGAUGUGGUCAAACGGCAAGAAGUGAUUUAUGAGCUCAUGCAGACUGAGUUCCAUCACAUCCGCACGCUCAAGAUCAUGAGUGAUGUGUACAGCCGGGGCAUGGUGACAGAUUUGCUCUUUGAGCAGCAGAUGGUGGAAAAGCUGUUCCCCUGUUUGGAUGAGCUGAUCAGUAUCCAUAGCCAGUUCUUUCAGAGGAUCCUGGAGCGGAAGAAGGAGUCUUCAGUGGAUAAAAGCGAAAAGAAUUUUCUCAUCAAGAGAAUGGGGGAUGUGCUUGUGAAUCAGUUUUCUGGUGAGAAUGCGGAACGUUUAAAGAAGACGUAUGGCAAAUUUUGUGGGCAGCACAACCAGUCUGUGAACUACUUCAAAGAUCUUUAUACCAAGGAUAAGCGUUUUCAGGCCUUUGUAAAGAAGAAGAUGAGCAGUUCGGUGGUAAGGCGGCUUGGAAUCCCAGAGUGCAUAUUGCUUGUAACCCAGCGAAUCACCAAGUAUCCAGUUUUAUUCCAAAGAAUAUUGCAGUGUACCAAAGACAAUGAUGUGGAGCAGGAAGAUCUGGCUCAGUCACUGAGCCUGGUGAAAGAUGUGAUUGGAGCUGUAGACAGCAAAGUGGCAAGUUAUGAAAAGAAAGUACGUCUCAAUGAGAUUUAUACAAGGACAGAUAGCAAGUCGAUCAUGAGGAUGAAGAGCGGUCAGAUGUUUGCCAAGGAGGACUUGAAACGGAAGAAGCUUGUGCGGGAUGGGAGUGUAUUUCUGAAGACUGCAGCAGGACGGUUGAAAGAGGUUCAAGCAGUUCUGCUCACUGAUAUUUUAGUUUUCCUUCAAGAAAAAGACCAGAAAUUCAUCUUUGCCUCAUUGGACCAGAAAUCAACAGUAAUCUCCUUGAAGAAGCUGAUUGUAAGAGAAGUAGCCCAUGAGGAGAAAGGGUUAUUCCUGAUCAGCAUGGGGAUGAAAGAUCCAGAGAUGGUGGAAGUCCAUGCCAGCUCCAAGGAGGAACGAAACAGCUGGAUUCAGAUCAUUCAGGAUACGAUAAACACCCUGAACAGAGAUGAGGACGAAGGAAUCCCUAGUGAGAAUGAGGAAGAAAAGAAAAUGUUGGACACCAAAGCCCGGGAAUUAAAAGAACAACUUCAACAAAAGGACCAGCAGAUCUUACUCCUAUUGGAAGAAAAAGAGAUGAUUUUCCGGGACAUGACAGAGUGCAGCACUCCCUUGCCAGAGGAUUGCUCCCCAACUCACAGCUCUAGAAUCCUUUUCCGCUCCAACACAGAAGAAGCUCUCAAAGGAGGACCUUUAAUGAAAAGUGCAAUUAAUGAGGUGGAGAUCCUUCAGGGUUUGAUGAGUGGAGGCCUGGGAGGCACUCUGGGGCAGGCCGUCAGCAGCCCUGUUGAACAAGAGGGCAUGGUGGGCCCUGUGUCCUUGCCCCGGAGAGCAGAGACCUUUGGAGGCUUUGACAGCCAUCAGAUGAAUGCUUCAAAAGGAGGUGAGAAGGAAGAGGGAGAUGAUGGCCAAGAUCUUAGGAGAACAGAAUCCGAUAGUGGUCUGAAGAAGGGUGGAAAUGCUAACAUGGUGUUUAUGCUUAAAAGAAACAGCGAGCAAGUUAUCCAGAGCAUCGUUCAUCUCCACGAACUCCUUAGCACUUUGAAGGGUGUGGUGUUACAGCAAGACAGCUACAUUGAGGACCAGAAGCUGAUGCUGAACGAGAGGACGCUCACGCGGAGCUUAUCCCGCCCCAGCUCUCUUGUUGAGCAAGAGAAGCAGCGCAGCCUGGAGAAGCAGCGGCAGGAUCUGGCCAACCUGCAGAAGCAGCAAGCACAGCACCUGGAGGAGAAGCGCAAGCGCGAGCGGGAGUGGGAGGCCCGCGAGAGGGAGCUGCAGGAGCGCGAGGCCCGGCUGGCCCUGUGGGAGGAGAAGGUGCAGCAUGGGCAGCAGGACUUAGAAAAGGACCGUGAGGACCUCCAGCAGAAGAAGGUUGUAUACCAGUAUGAUCUGGAGAGGCUGCGCACUGCCCAGAAACAGCUCGAGAGAGAGCAGGAGCAACUGAGGCGAGACACAGAGCGGCUCAGCCAGAGGCAGAUAGAACGGGACGUCUGCCAGGUUUCACAUCAACACACCAAGCUGAUGAAGAUUCCAGCCUUCUUUCCCAAUGCUGAGGAGUCCCCCUUGCCAUCUGCACCUUCGAUAGCCAAAUCGGGGCCAUUGGACCCAGAACUUCCUUUGUCCCCAAAACGGAACAGCAUCUCUCGGACACACAAAGAUAAGGGACCUUUUCACAUACUGAGUUCAACCAGCCACACAAACAAAGUACCAGAGGGACAGAGCCAGACCCCAGUGUCGGCCUCCGCCUCCACCCGCCUAUUUGGGUUAGCAAAGCCAAAGGACAAGAAGGAGAAAAAAAAGAAGAGCAAAGGAAACCGCUCUCAGCCUGGUGACGGCCCUGCAUCUGAAGUGCCAGCAGAGGGUGAAGAGAUCUUCUGCUGACCUGUGUCUUCUCUGUUGUGGCUCCCAGCACCGCCUCUUCUGCUGUCCCUGCAUGUGCAUGGCUCUCCCACUGUACGGCCCACUGUCCUCAGCAUCAGCUCCUCCUGUGCCGCCGUAGGUCCUGGACAAGGAGGAACAAAUUGUCUUGAGCAUCAGGCAGGGGAAGGCCCAGACUGCUUUGGCCAUGAUUUGUGACUGCCUGGGACUCAGGGGUUCGGCUGGCCCUGGUCAAGAUGUUACACUGAAAAUAGUGACCCCUAGAAGGACAGGGCAUGGUUUUGGACAGGUCAGGAAUUCCUAAAGGCUAAAGAAUGUUUCCAAAUGAGGUCUGAACGUCUGUCUUUUAUUUUGGGGGGAGCACAACCAAAGUCAAACAGCAGAUUAUUUGGAUAACUGAGUACAUGUACUGGGGCUCAUCUGUCCAUUUGCAUGGGGGAGAGGGUGCCAGGCAUCUGCUCAGCCAGCACAUGGACAUUAGAUACUUCACCCAGUAGUUCUGAGAGUUCGGUUUCCCUUUAAGCCUACCCCAUGUAGAUUUCACCCCUUCUUCAGGAUGCAUUUCUCAUUUCAUUUUAGAAAGGAUGACAAAAAUUUGUGAAAACUAGUGAGAAAAGGUUUGACAUAUGUAAAAAGCAUUAUGAACUGCACACCAUGAUUUUGGUGUUUGGGGCACUUAGAUCCAGAAGGAAGCAUAUUGGCUUUCCAAGAUGUUUGCCCACAGAUUCUGGGCACGGAAGAAGUAGAGAGGCCUCCUCUGUUACUCCUGCAGUAUGACACUUUGUGGUUGUCGCUGACCAUUCAGGCUUUUCCAGGGUCGUCCCCCACCCUUAGACCAGCACAACCAGCUGAGAAGUAGGUUCAGGUACAGGUGUGAAGCCCACUGUGUGAGGAGCUGGCCCGGAAGGCACGGCUGGGGAAUAUCUCAUUCUAUAUCAGGAGGCCUUGCAAAAUAUGGGUUUUUUUUUUUUUUUCAUUAAAAAAGUCUUGAUCUGUUGAUUAUUAAUGGCACCAUACCCCUUGAAGAUGUCACACAUCUUUUUCUUCUUUUUGAGGCUGUUCUUCGCCAGCUGGCAUGUACAGGAUGGCUUGUUGGUAGCUUUCCCUUGUAACUGCAGCAUCCAGGGUCCUCCAUCCCUGCUGCCCUCAGUUCUCCCAGUGAAGGAGACCCUGGGACAUUGUUUGCUUCAAAUGUGGCCUUUGAUUCCUGCUUUGUGUCCCUCAGGAGCAGGGGCUUUGAACAUACUUUAAAAAACAAAUACAAAAAAAAAAAAUCUGUUUCUUGGUGCUUGUUGAUGAAUUGCAAGCUGGCCUUGCAGAUGGAGAUAUUUAUCUUUCAGUUUAUUUGAAAGAAAUCUGGUUUAAAAUUUUUAGCUUAGAUUUGUUUUAUUUAUUACAUGUGUGUUUUGUUUUUUGUUUUUUGUUUUUAAGGAUGAACAUACUAGCCCAACGGUUUAGACUUUCUGAUCAAUGCAGAAUGUUCAAAGCAGUGAUGCUCAUUGUCUUUCCAGGUGCCUUGAAGGCCCAGAUGAAAACUAAGGGUUGGGGAAGAGGUCCAUUUCUCUCGCUCCUCCCACUCCCACAUCUGUCUUUUAUCAAGGGAUGUCGUCCUCCUUGUUUGGGAAUUCAAGAAACUUGCUACCUAUUGAGCUGCAUUUGCCCAUUUUUGUCAUGGAGAUUUCUUACCUGUGGGUAAUAGCAAAACCAGCAAGCAGAUUCUGUUGAACUCCCUGCCCCACCCCACUGCCCAAGACCCUAAACAGCAGAGUUAAAUUGCUUCCUUCCACCACCCCUCCCCUCCAGGUUCCAGCUGGUAUCUGUCCUGGUGUUCCUCAGAUGUGCCAAGAGCUCAGCUGUCUGGCCCUGGCUGAGUCCCCCCCACAUGGUGGCAGUGCUCGGGCGCCUUGUAGAUGCAGCUGCAGGAAGGCUGGUAGGGAAUGGAGGCUGGCAUUUCAUUUCUUCUGUUGGGGCAUGGGCUGGGUGACCCUGUCCCCUGGAUAACUCAGUAGGGGUUAUUGCUGACCCAGUUUACUCUGCAAACUGUGGGCACCAGACUCAGCUGCAUGGCCUGAUUUUGGUUUCUCUUACUCCCAGCUAGAUAUAAUGCUUAAUUCGUCUUGGUCAUUUGGGUGGUGGUUUUUAAAAUGUGUCCCCUCCACUCACACUCCACCAACGUAAAGCCAUUUGGUCAGGUUCUUAUUGGGCAAAGUUAGAGUCAGAACCAGAAAGUUGUCUGCUGCGAUGGCCCAAGCCCCCCGACCUCGGUCAGAGAAGCACUUACUAAGAACUGUGCUCUCAUGCACCUUUGUCAUCAUUCCCUGCUUUGAAGUUGGAGUCCAGGGGGUUGCUGCUCGUGCCCUUGACGGCUGCUCCGGUUACCGAGUCUGAAGGCUUAUCUGGUACCUCUCCUGGGAGAAGGGGCUGUUUGCCAGGAUGACAAGGGUUCAAUCCCCAUAGACAUUCCAUGUAGGGAAGCUCUGUUUUUCCAUCCAGCUAAAGAAAUCAGAUGCCUUACAUUGUGCUUAAGUUUUGGGGGAUAGAUGGAGACAGUAUUCCGAGUCCCCAGAUUCCUGGAAUCUAACGAACCUCGUGGAAGGAGGCUAUGUCUUCUCUCAAAAAUUUAAUCAUCUCAGUCAUUUCAUCCCAGUUGGGUGACGUGCACUUUAAUUGCUCUUAUCAGUUGGCUUCAAUUUUAAGACAACUAUAUUAACUGUUUUCUUCUUUGAAAAUAAAGAGGGUUAAAAACAUGCAGAUUACUGUGAGAUAGUUUAGCCUUUGCCAACAUUCCAUCCUCUGCCCCACAAGAGCUGUCUUUGGUGAAGAAAUCCUUACCCAGAUUAUUUUUUUAGAGGUACGAAAUCUUACCUUUUUCCUGUUAUGUCUCAGGGUAAUACCACUAAAACUUGACCCUUUGCCAAUUUUCUCCCUUAUUUGUUAUUUCCCAAGGCCUCAUAUUAGUAGUAAGCACAAUUUUGAGACCCUUGGGGUUUUAUUUGUGCCUUUAUUUGGGGAAGGGGAUAUUAGUGUGUGGAUCUUCAAAUCAACGGUGGAACCAUAACCUUACAGGCUAGAAGCUGAUCCACAAACUUGCUGUCCGUAGACAUACUUCAUAUUUCAUUCUUCUGUCCCCAAGGUUCUUUUCCCCAUAUCCAGUUCUUUCUUCCCAAGGGUUUUGGUGUUUGCAUUGGAGCUAAACUUUGCUCUGGUGGUGGUACGGGCACUCGUGUCCAGAGGACAACCACGGCCAGCUCCCUGGCCACGGCAGUGCAGGGCACGGCAACGGUGCUGCCUCUGUGCAGCGGAGAAAGGGGGACCCAGGUGCAGGGGGAGUCCAGAGAGGCUGCCCUGAUGAGUGGGCCUUGGCGGCCUAAGGACGGGGGCUCUCAGAUGACCGAGCCAGUGCCCAAAGGUACCCAGCCCCAGGCUCACACACCCUUUGAGUCUAGGGGCCUGGAAACGACAGCCAUUGAAGGAGGGAGGUGUACCCUACCUGCUCCAACAGGGCCACUUGGACUCCAUCUGCCUAGAUCCAGGGGGUGAGUCCCAGCCUAGCACCAUUGCUCUGAUUUAUCCUCAGAGACCAAGAAGGGGCAGAGUGUGGGUUGGUUUGGUUUGGUUCUUAGUUUUUCUUACAUUUUAGCAUAGCAUUCCUAAUUAACCAGAGCUUUGGUUGCUGCCUGCUGGCCAGGUUUAAAACAUGAAAAAGUAUUUUAAAGUUGCCAUAAAAGAAAAACAAAGGGAGAACAAAGGCAUUCACCUAACUUAAUUUGUCAGAGGAUUGACAGGCCCUGAAUUAUUUCUCCAUCAUGCUAAGGUUUAAAUACAGGCAAGCCCUACUGGCUCAUAGCUCUCCUGCAGCAGAGCAUAUACCCCUGUUCCAUAGCUCCCCGUCAACCAAGCCCCUGCUGGGGGCUCCUGACUACUGAACUUGCAGCAAACCAGAAAGGGCCUCCCCACCCCUAGCUUGUGUGGAAGGCACAGAUCACCUGCUCGCUCCAGGACCUUCCCACAGUGUACACUUCCCUCUGCCUUUUAUAACCACCUGACAGGGAUGGAUGAUACGACAGCACGGACGGGGACGGGUGCAGUCAGCUUGCCUGGGUUCAAGUCUGGCCUUGUGGUUUCCUUCCCCAGAGAGGGUGCACUGUGUAAGACGCUAGGACAGGCAGGCGGGUGAAUACAAUACACUUUAUACCUCUGCUUUUAUUUGUUUUCAAAUGCUCUAAGUACAUUUCUAUGCUAAAGUCUGUUAAAUAAAAAAAGAUGGGUUAAAACCCAAAUGCUGUAUAUUGAUUUGUAAUUAUGUAUAAAGUGAAGCAGUUUUAAACUGUAAAGAUUUUUUUCAGUGUGUGUUCUGGAAUUUUGCCACAACAUACUGGCCUUAUAUUUUAUUUAUCUUCCUUUCUAGUUAUCAGCUUCAAACUCUUGUAAAGUCCCCCCUUCACCCUUUCAAAAAAAUAAAUGUCCUUUUAAGUCUCA